AUGGUAACGGAACCUGAACACGUCAUGAAAUUCGAAAUUCUUCGCACAGCUGGCAGAGCUCGUCAUGGCCUGUUAUCACUGCCUCAUAGCGACGUAAAAACGCCUGUGUUCAUGCCAGUGGGGACGCAAGGAACAAUGAAGGGUGUUUUACCUGAACAGCUGAUCGCAAUGGAUUGUCGGAUCCUUUUAUGUAAUACAUACCAUCUUGGGCAUCGACCUGGUCAUGAGCGUGUUCAAAAAGCCGGAGGAUUGCAUAAAAUGAUCAACUGGCCGCGAUCGAUUCUGACAGAUUCUGGUGGUUUUCAGGUGAAAGUUCAAUCUUAA